UAUGAGGGAAGAUCUUUUGGAUGAUUUUAUUCCUUCUCAACACUGUUCGUGGACAGUAUAAAUAGGCUUCCAAGGUGGCUAGUUCUUCAUCAAGCCUAAGCAGUUUUAAAGUUUGCAAAGAAGCUUCAUACAGGUCUCAAAUUAGAUACCCAAAAACGCUUCUCUGCUGCAUAUAGCAAUGGAUGUGAUCGCAAGUAUGGUUGCAGACAGGCCAAUGGUAAUCUUCAGCCGGACCACUUGUUGCAUGAGCCACACCAUCAAGACUCUCAUCAGUGGCUUCGGGGCGAACCCGACAGUUUACGAGCUCGAUGAGGUUCCGAACGGGCAACAAGUUGAGAGGGAACUGCAACAGAUGGGGUGCAAUCCCAGUGUACCAGCUGUUUUCAUAGGCCAGCAGCUCAUUGGAGGAGCUAACCAAGUCAUGUCCCUCCAGCUCAGGAACCAGGUUGCCCCAUUGCUCAUAAGGGCUGGAGCUAUAUGGAUUUGAAAGAUAAAGCAUACUCCUAUUAACUCAAAUAAAGUGAUAAAUGGUUUUGGUAUAUCUGGGUUUCCCUUUUGGAUUUUGCAUGUGUCAGUCUGUCUACAUACUUUUGCAGAGAGUCCUUGUACCGUUGUACGCUAUUUUUGGGGCUGACCAGGGUUAUAUGUUAUAGUAUUUACCUUGUACUAACUUGUAUUUUUACUUGCAUAUGCUUAA